CACCGCCACAAGCUUGAUUGACUUUCCACUCCCCUGCAGAAGCCGAGCUCGCACACCCACACACUCACAUGUUGAACCAUCCCCACCCCCAUUCCCAUCACGGUCACCGCACCCUUCCCCCCCUCCUCCGCCUCUUAUCCCGCGCCGUCGCCGGCCCGCCGCCGCCGCCGCCCUCCGACCACGCCCGGGCCAGGCUCACGGCCCGCCCGCGGAUGGACCCGCCAUCCUCCUCCCCCGCCGGCACGCCCACCACGCCGCGCCGCCAGCUCCAGCUCCAGGGCCCGCGCCCGCCGCGCCUCAACGUGCGCCCCGAGUCGCACGCCAUCAAGAAGCCAUCUUCCGGCCCGCCGCCGCACGCCCAGACCCAGCCGCAGGGCCACGGCCGCCGCGAGGACAAGCACCAAGCGCAGCCGCCGCGGGAGCCGGUGAUCAUCUACGACGCGUCCCCCAAGAUCAUCCACACCAAGCCCAGCGAGUUCAUGGCGCUCGUGCAGCGCCUCACCGGCCCCGGCUCCUUCUCCGGCGCUCUCCCCUCCUCCAGCGCCCACACCCACGACUGCCAGAUGGACGAGGACGCGCCCGACGACCAGCCCAUGUACCUGCCGCCCGAGCUCCUCCUCUCGCCGUCCGCGGCCAUGUCCCCGGCUGCGAGGCUGGCGACAAUCGAGCGGUCCGUGCGCCCGUCCCCCGCGCCGGCGCCCCCGGCGCAGUUCAUGGACUUCUCCGACUACCGCUUCGACGACGGCGGCCUCGCGGCGGUCGUCAGCUCGGCCCGGCCCGGCAUCCUCUCCCCCCUGCCGUCCUCGCUGCCGCCCGCCGCCGCCUCGGGCCAGUUCUCGCCGCUCCCGUUCGACGCCAGCUGCCUCAGCUGGCUCAACGAGCUCAGCCCCAUCCUCCGGACCGCGUCCACCGGCGCAGCCUCCUCCGGCAGCGGCGGCGCCGGCGGAUCCGCGCGGCCCCCGCCACAAUCCUACUACUCCGACCCCUUCGUCCCCAGCCCACGGAACCUCCUCGCCACGCCCACCGUGCCCUCGCCCAGAACCUUCGCCGAGCUCCUCAGCAACCUGCCGGAUCUCUAGGCCGCCCAAAGUUUUUUUUUUUUCUUCUAUACAUUUUUGGGUAGGCAACCCGGCGUGGUGGGCCCCCCAUACUGAUGACACCUUAAUUAGUUAGCCAUUUAUUGUCCUUUUCAUUUUUUUUACUGUUCCUGGGCAACCACUAGUCCACUAGGCGCUCACGAAAGGGGAACGAAGGAAUGCUAUACGUAGUCAACAGUACAGUAGUGGAGUAGCAGAUGAUUAGAAGGAUCUGGCCACCCUCUUGUUUAGGUUUCGCUGAUUUGUUUUCUUUGGAUUUACAUCUCUUGUGUAAGCCCAGGAAAUUAUUGUUUGUUCAAGCCUC